GCCUGCUCUGUGAGCCUGCUCACAGGUCGGAGGUGGUCGGCGAACACAUGUUUGAGUGGCACCUCACCGUGCAUCAGAUAAGACCGCAAUUAAACCACGUUAUGCACAGUGAUAUUUCUUUUGUUGUAGUGUAAAGGGGCAGGAUGCUCCAGAGUGGUCGUUUGAUUUAUCGGUGAUCUUGGUAUCAGGUCUGACAGGAAGUUUAAUCAACCGCGGUGCGAACGGUGCGAGUCGAGAGGAAGGUGCUCUCUUCAGUGAAAAUGACUUUCAACCGGUUGCUGUCCAGGGCUGUUUUCGUCAGCAGAGCUGGCUGCAGGUCUGCUUUCACAAGCUCCAAGCCUGAUAUGACCAACCCCAACUGGUUCAGAGUGGGUCUUGCCUUUGGAACAUCUGCUUUCCUAUGGGGCUUGCUCUUCAAACAGCACAGCACAGACACUCAUGAGUACAAAGUGAGGAAUGGCCUGGAAUAACCUACAAACCUCGCAGGAGGUUGUCGGUUCCUGUCUGUAGGAUGCACAUCUGUCUGCUUCUUUCUGGUUUGUCUCUUCCCCAUUCCUCAAUGUGGAUUGCGUGUAAAUAAAAACAUUUAUCAUGUGAA